AGAAAGGCUGUUAAUGGAGUCAAACAAGGGAUAGAGUAGAAAGGAACCCCUUGUUAUGAAAAAAAUUAUGGCCAAUAGAGUUAGCUUAAUGCCAGAAGAUAAAGUGUUGCUUUAAAUUCUCAAGCUUCUGGCUCCAUUACACUUGAUCUUCUUCUCUUUACUUUCUUUUUAUAGGGGUACAUUAUCGUAAACUAUGGUAAAUUAGAUGCUGAUGCUUUCUUGAUAUUGCAGGGACUGUAAUUCUGAUUUUGAAGAGCAAUACUGGAUUCCACUAAGAAAAAGCACCUGGUAGAAUUACACAAGUGGCAGGAAGCAGAGGAUGGAGUAGAUGUUACUACUUACUACACUUUCAUGAGGCCCGCCAACUUUAGCUUCAGAAGAUAGAUAUUUCCUUGGGUGCCAACAUGUUCUAUUUAAUUACUUAACUGUUGCCCUUGUCCUAUUAUAUUCCUUCCCUGCCUUUCAAGUUUCCUUUGUAUUCUGCCCUCAUUUUUGGAUAUUCUAAUUCCAUUUCCUCGUCUUGUAUAGGGGAGCUUUUGAUCCUCCUUAGGUAAAUAUGUAAGCUCCCCUGAAAAGAUCUGCACUUCAGAAGGCUAGUCAUUAUUGAUAUGCUUCUGUAGAUUGGCAAUUCUGUAAAAGCUGAAAGAUGGCCUUUUACUCUGAGGAUGACAAAGCAGAUGAUUACCUUUUUAAGAUUGUUUUAAUUGGUGACUCGGCUGUUGGGAAAUCAAAUUUGCUUGCAAGAUUUGCUAGAAAUGAAUUUUACCCUAGUUCAAAGUCAACAAUAGGGGUAGAGUUCCAAACCCAAAAGAUGGAUAUUAAUGGAAAGGAAAUUAAAGCACAGAUCUGGGACACAGCAGGUCAGGAGAGAUUUCGGGCUGUAACUUCUGCAUACUACAGAGGUGCAGUUGGAGCUCUACUGGUUUAUGACAUCAGCAGGCGCCAAACAUUUGACAGCAUUGGCAAAUGGCUUAACGAACUUCAUACUCAUUCUGACAUGAAUGUAGUAACAAUUCUUGUCGGGAAUAAAUCUGAUCUCAAGGAUGCCAGAGAGGUGUCGACAGCAGAAGGCAAGGCCUUGGCAGAGGCGCAGGGUUUGUUCUUCAUGGAAACUUCAGCGCUCGACUCCUCCAAUGUUGCUGCUGCCUUUCAGACAGUUGUUAAAGAGAUCUACAAUAUAUUAAGCCGGAAAGUUAUGAUGUCGCAAGAACUCAAUAAACCAGGUGCUCCCGAGCUGGGAAAUGGGAAGACCGUGGUUUUAAAGGGAGAUGGGGAUCAAGAAGGCAAUGCAGGGACUAAAAAAGGAUGGUGUUGUUCAUCUUAGCAAUCAAACGAUGCCCAAUUACUUCUUUUUGCUUGUUUCUUUCUCCAUAGCCUGAAUUUGCCACUCAUGUUCCAUCCCAACUUCUUCUCCAUCUGUCCAGUUCCCUCAUUUCUAUCUAGCAGAAUGCUUUUUGCUUGCUCCUCUAAGCUAAUGAUGGUUCAAGAAGUGAAAUUGAAGUGGCGAAUGUAAAUGGCAAAAGAAUUACUACAUCAUACAUGACAGCUCUUGUCUUCAUUUAUUUA